AUGAAGGCCAAGGCCUUGCAGCAGAAGCAGAACUCCGGGGUGCCCGCGGGAAAGGAACCGCAGAGGAGCUGCGACAGCGACCUGAUCCUGACCCCCACCCCGAACCUUGUGGAGCUAGGGCAAAGGCCUGCGAGACCUACCACACCAGAAGGCCGGCAGAGGCCCGCUGAGGUGCCUAGUGGCUGGAUCCAGCCCGAAGCCGGAAAAAGGUUUGUUCGAUUGCUUCUCCGGGAAAUCGGACUCGUAUUUAACACUCAGCUGGGAAUGACUUCGUUUAUAACUCUUCCAGGGUCUGGAAAAAGCAGCCAGUGUGUGUUCAUAAAACAUACUGGUACCAGUACUGGUUUUCCUCGAGACGAAUUACUUUGCCCUCAGAUUCCUGAGGGCCCAACCAUGAAAGCACUGCCUGUAGACCCUCUUGUAUUGGAAACACCUCAAAAGUUCUUCUUGCGUGUAAAGCAGAAAUUGCAGCAGCAGCGAAAAGAUCCAACACCUUCAAACCCAAUCAAGCAGAACAUUCCUCCUUCCACGACUACAGAAAAGCCAUUAGUCAAACCUGCUUUUGCUGAGCAGCUCAGGAAUGAUCCUACAGAGUCUGUGGCCAUCGAUAAGGCUGAUGACGAUGGUUUCCUUGUGGAAUCAAUGGAUGCUGAUGAUGAAAUGUCUCAAAAUACAGUGACUAAUUCUGGGAAUUUAAACUCCACCCCUAUUAAAAAUGGGGAUCAGUUAGAAGAAAGAUGGAGAAAUAGAGAAGCAAAAUGUACUGAACCUCAUCAAGACAGAAGAGAGUUGCAGCCAAGUAAUAAGCAAGAUGCUCACAGAAUAGAAAAGGUAGUGGAGACUAAUUCUCAAAAGCCCUCAGAGUGCUUAUGUAGUAUUACGCUCUCUUCUCCCAAAGUCCACAUUCCAAGGAAGCAAAAGCCGAAAGAAAGCUGUAAGGUCCCUUUGGAUAAACCUCAUACGGGUGAAGUUGCUGGCAAAGCAGACAACAAGAAGACUAUCUGCCUAACCAGUUGGAGAAUUAGAGUGAUAGAUGGUAACACUGCAAUAUGUGUUGAAGGAAAACGGAAAGAUAUGAAAGAUCUGUCUUGGCAUAGUAAUACAAUUAUGGAACGCGUAGCACGCAACGAAGUUAAAACAUCAUCUGGCAAUAUCUACUUGCUACAGGGAAAUAUGGAUUCAGCUUCGAUGAGAAAAGAAGGAUUUUCCUACCGUUUCAUCAAAAGAUUUAAAUAUGGGUUUUCCAAAAAGUGGAAGGAAUACGUUGAGGAGUUUCUUGAAGAAAGGAGGAGGAAAGAACAAAAUCAAAACAGUGGUGAGGGUGAAAAUGAUGAGAGUGACUCAGUGGUGGGUAUGGAUGUGUUAAAAAAUACAGAAGACUCCGCAAGAGAUGUAAAGAAACCUGAAACCAGAAACACCACCUAUGAAGUAUUACCAAAGCAUGAUGAAAACAUCUAUACAACACCAAAACACAGUUCCAUUUUGAAUGACUCAAACAGAGUUUACACUCGUAGUGGCCGCAUGGUUAAGCCACCCUUAAAUUUCUGGUGUGGGCAACGUGAGUUUGUUGAUCAGAAUCUAAACGUUACUAUAGAAGAAGGUGGAAUAGAUUAUCUGAGCAUGAUGUUUAGUAGUGAAAAAUCCCAAAGACAGACCAGUUCCACCUUGAAGAAGAACAAAAGAAAGGUAGUGAAGACAAUAGAAGAAACACCAAAAAAACAAAGGAAAAACAAUGAAAAAGGAGUAAGUUCCAAAAAAGAAACCAAGUCUGCUGGAAGCAAGGAGGCCGGGCGCUUCAUUUCAGAUGAUGAUGAAAGUGAUCAUGCAACCCACAGUACAAAAAAUAAAACGCAGCUUUAUGUUAAGCUGACUCCCUUACAUUCUGAAGCACUAAACAAAUGGAACUAUAAUAGCAGAAUCCCAGGAAUGACAAAAGAAAAGAGAGGAACAGAAAAUGGAGAAUUGACUGUGUAUCAGCAGGCUUACAAGUACUCUUUAAGGUCAGCCAAACAGCUUCUUCAAGACAGGCAUUUAACACAAGAAUUGUCAAGCAAAGAUGAGGAAGAGGGAUCCAGUGAAGACAUCCCACUGUCUAUCAAAAGGAAAAAUAAAUCUUUAUUUAAAAAUGAGACUCAAAACUCUAAAUCUUCUUCUAACUGUAAGAGUUCACAAGAUGAUGCAAACAAGGUGUCAUGUGAACAAAGGACAGUAAAACACUCUACUGCCUCCUAUAACAUGCCGUUGAGGCAGAGUGUGCCCGGAUCUGUUGAUGGUUCUGAUUUGCUUGAAGGAAAAACACCUUCUAGCGAGUCUAGUGCUUCCCAUCUGCCUGAUAAGGCAACGAGGACAAGAAACAGAAUCAACCCUCCAAGGUAUUUGCUUGACAGUGAGCCUGAAACCAGUGAAGAGGAAUUUCAAGUAAAAGAAAAAAAGUCAAAAGUAUCUGAUAAAAAACCAAACUGUAAAGUUUCUAAUACUGCCAAGUCUUCAGCAGCAAAAGCAAGAGAACCGGAGAGGGAAAAGGUGGAGAAAUCUCUAGAACUUUUUCCAAGGACAACUGAUGGUUGGUCUGAAAAGGAAUUGCAGAAGCUCUCCAGGGCCAUUGCUUCGUUUCCAAAGCACAAGAGUGGCUUCUGGGUGGAGGUAGCCAUGGCGGUGGGGUCUCGCUCUGCUGAAGAAUGCCAUCAGAAGUAUAUAGAAGAACAACAGGCAAAACGUUCUACAAUGCAUGCCAAGAAGACCACCACUUCAGAAAAACCAGGACAGAAAGGUAAUAAGAAAGAGUCGGUGAUAACUGCCAAAGUGGGAACCUUCAGAAGAAAGCAGCAGAUGAGAGAUUUCCUGGACAAUCUGCCAAAGGACAACCAUGACGAUAUUUUCACUGCGACGCCCUUUCAGAACAGAAGAGUAAAGUUGCCAACGUUCCGGGGAAGCCACGAUGAUGACGAUGAUGACUUUGCACUUACGGACAACCCGAUCACACCUUCCUCAGCUGUCUUCCCUAUGGUGAAAACCCCUCAGUGUGAGCAUAUCAGCCCUGGUAUGCUGGUACCCAUCAACAGGAAUGAUUAUGACAGGCACGUGUUCAGAAUGCAGAAGCACACGCAGGGCAGCAGAGGCACCUGGGACAACAUCAAGAAGUCAUCGGCCGGAGGCGUGCUUGCUACGCCAGCUUCACGCAGAACCCCGUUCGGCUUUGAUAAAAAAGUGGAACAGACCUCUGUUGUAGGGAAGCUCUUUGUGGCUGAGGCAGCAGAUUCAUCAGAUGAAGAGCAGGAUGAUUCCUAUUUUUCUGUUUAA